CAAACUUUCGGCCACUAUGACUGAAUAGUUUUCUCUUGGAGAAUUAACUCUUCUUCUUAUUAUUAUUCUUAUUCUUACAACCCAGUUAUUGCAGUUGUGGGCAGAAGUGAAGAUGUCUUUGUCUAAGAUUCAGAGCCUCAGACUGGCAGCUGUACUGGAGGACUGUUCAGACCAGUUGGACAUACUGGGACACACUCUGAGAGUCCCAGCCGGCAGAGAACAAGGCACUGCAGCAGUUCAGGAGAGAGCCCGACUGACCAAGCUGAGGAGAGACUGUCAGUUCACGCAGCAGGUGGUUUACAAGCUGCACGUGGAGCUUGAGCAGAGGCAGAGUUUCACCUCGUUGCUGCUGCAGGAGGAGCUGGAGGAGACGAGGAGGAGAGGAAGAGAGGAGGAGCAGAGGAAGAAAGAAGAAACGAUACAAAGGGAGGCAGAGAGGGAGCUGGAGCAGCGAAAACAACACCUACAGAGACAACAAGAGGAGCUCCAAGAGAGCACCAAGAAAUUGAAGGUCUUGGAGGACUUGUACCGGCAGCAGUCAUUAGAGGCAGAUUACACAAAGAUCAUGGAGAAAUACACUGAGCUACAGCUCCAACAGACACAGAAGGACAUGAACCGGGCUGAGGAGCAUCUAGAGGAGCAGCUGAGGCUGCUGCAGAAACAGCUGGACGAGGAGGCCAGAGUUCAUGAGGAGUCCGAGAAAUUCCUGCAGAAUCAGCACGAGCACUUGCAGCAGGAGCUGCUGCAGUCGCAGCAGCGCACAAAGCUGAUGCUGCAAGAGAAGGAGGAGCAGCUGAACAGUGUGCGCCGCAGAAGAACAGUGAAUAUGGACAAACUGUCAGAGAUGAGGAGGAAGUUCGCAGAGAUGGAGCAGGUGGUGAUGGAGGACAGGGAGGAGCAGGAAAAACUGAACCAAAAGCAGGCGGAGGCUGGAGCUGCUACCAUGCUGCAGGCCUGGUGGAGAGGCUGCAUGGUCCGUAAAGGCCUUGGGAGUUUUGAAAAAGCAGAGAAGACAAAGAAAGGCAAGAAGAGCAAGGAAGGAAAGAAGAAGAAGAAGAAGAAAUAAUCAGGCUUUUUCCUCACACAGCUUCUUAUAAGUUAAACUUGUUUUAAUUA